AUGCGCACAAGUACGUGUAAGUCUAAACAUAAUUUAAGUUGUUCUGGAUUUGUGGCAAUGACUGAUAUGGAGAAAUUUUUGAAGCCGUAGAUUGCUGACAAUAAACACAAUAAAGGUCCGAAUAAAGGUUUUAUAAAUUAAAAUUGCACAGAUCUGUCCGUUUACAUGAACUUAAUAACACAGUGUAAUUGGAUACAGUACAAAUUGUAGUGUUGAUUGGGGGCAGGCCAACUCAUCUUUAAACCUGACGAUAACCGCAACACUAACCCUCACCCUAAUAAUUCUCUUAAUAUUAACAUAAAUCCCACCCCAAAACGCUAGUCCCAACCAUCACCCUAAUCCUAGACAUAACCUUAACCACAAUCCCAACCCUAAUUUUGUGCUUCUUAUGAUAAAAUUCGACCGAAAGAACAUACGUGCUUCCAGUUGGAAAUUUGUGCCAAUCCACCAGUCGUCAGAUUAGUACACUAAUUAUAAGUAUUAAAACGCCCGAUCGUGUCUUUUAAUCUGCCGAAGGGGGCCAAUUUGCAGUCAAAAGGACGACGUCAGAAAACAUAGGAGAUUUAUUCCCAGUGCUUCGCCACCUUGUUGUGUGCUACACUUGACGCCCUCGGCUGUUUCACGCCGCGAAUCUUCUAACAACCCGCCCAGAAACAAACCAAUAAUCGAAGAGGCGUUAACAACCAAUAGAAAGCGUGCGCAACGCCUGCCAACCCCAUAGGAGUUCGAGCUGCGAACCUCCUAGUGGGUUCAUCGCUUCAGACGACACCGUGUCGGUUUACCGUGGUGAGUUUUGCCUGUCUUUCGAGCCGGUUCCUGCUCAUGACUCAACCGCAUCUGAAAAUAUUGGUUUCGCACCCUUUAAAGUGCUUACACUAAUAUAAUAGAUCACUAUGAGGAAAGACGGGUUGCAUUAGCCUAGCCGUCGCCUACCCAGCGCGUCCGCAAUUGGCGCGUAGUGGAACAACCGUUCAGUGUAAGUUAACUGCGAAUUAAACAGGCCUAGAUCUGACAAAUAAACAGUCACGGACCAGCAGGGUUCGGACGCCGAGGUCUGGCACGCUUGCCACAUCUGCCUUAUUGUUAGACCUUUAAGCCAAAGCGCUAAAGGGGACAACCUCAAACAAUCUGAGCGACUGUUGGGGACCCGCCUGUAUUCGAAAUUCCCAAGCAACCUCAUGAAAUAUGUUCGACUCCAGUAUUACGACCCAUUCUACACAGGAAGCGACGCGCCCCGCAACCCUGGUCCAGUGGUGCGGGCGAAUAGUAUGCGAGCUGGACUACUCAAUCGGUGCCGGACUCUUGGCAUUGAAUGCUGGAAUGUGCGAACGUUUCUGAAUCCCGGUACCCAAAGUCUGACCGCGCUCAGCCUUAAUAAGUACGAUGCAGAUGUCUGCUGUCUGUCUGAAGUUCGACUUCCUGACUCAGGCUCUCGAGUAACAAAGAUCCCCGGAGUCGAAUCACACUUCACCCUGUACCACAGCGGCCCGCGUGACUCUUCUGGCAGACACGGCGUGGCUAUCGCCCUCUCGCAACAAGAGGACCUCGUGUUACUUGCUUGGGAACCAGUCAAUGACCGGAUGGCCUACGUGCGACCGAUAAAGAGACGUUUUACUGACAGUUGCAAGCGUUAGUUGAACGAGUCCCUUGCCGCGAUCUGCUGAUUAUCGCCGGGGGUUGGAGUGGUCGGACUGUACCUGGCGACUCCACGAACAGUCAUCUUCAUCGUCGCUUUGAGCUUGGUCCCCGAUAUUAAAAGGACGAGAGAUUGUUGAACUUCGUUGAUCAGAACCGACUGCCUGUCACCAACACGGGUUUCCAACAUCACCAUACAGCUAGUCAGAUUAAUUACCUACUAGUCAGCUUAAGGUUCCGCAGCUGGGUUCACGAUAGCAAAUCUAUGCGUGAUGCCGAAACUGGUAACGCCCAUGGGUCGGACCAUGUCCUCAUUCGUACGCUUGAUAAGCCACCUCUCCUCCGUACCAAAAAUGUCCACGCCCUAGACGCCUCGUCGUCGCAAAAAUCAGGCAAACCAGCACUGCCGAGGUCCUAAACAGAGAUAUCCGGUUCUGUUUUACGGCCCGAGCCGACGGAGAAGGCAGUAUUUACUUACUUGUACUUGAUACGGCUGCGAUCAUGCCUGAUCUAGCCGCCUCGGUGAUAUCACGAACUGUACCUCUCCACGCGUGACGAUCCGCGGCAGCAGAUCUGGACAGCUCAACCCAUUCCCUUCGCCAACGACGUAGACCGAAUACCGAAGGUCCAAGAACCACCAUGUCUUGACGAACUAUGUCGAGCCAGGUUUUGAACUGAUCCCCUCUUCGACGCCUUCAAUGGGGCAACGGUACCGGAUAGAGGGCAGUAACACUUAGCUCCUGAGGUGGACGACGAAGGACAUGCCAAAACCACAUCCGUCCUCUUUCUUGGAUGAUCUGGGUUAUCCUUGCGAUGUUGUCGCAGCGAAAGCGGACUGUCUCAUUUGAGACGAAGUCGGUGAACUUCACUCGAAGGGUGGUCCUCAAGCAGUGGUGGUCAAAUACCUCCAGUUUUCGCACGAUCUCCACGCGCAAAGUCCAACAUUCACAACCGUAGAGAAGGACAGACCGGACAGAUGCACGGUACACGCGAAUCUUAGUGGCGAUGGAGAGGUCACGUCGGAUCAAUGGGCAUUUCCGAAGGCUUGAGAAAACCCAGCGGGCAGCAUCGAUUUGGGAGACAAUGUCGUCCUUACUCUGUCCAUUAGGCAGCAGCCUCGUCCCGAGGUAUUUAAAACUGUCUACUCCUUCAAGUUGACAGCCAUCAAUCCCGAGGGGUGCCUUCUGGUCAGGGAUGCAACUUGAGAACACUGGUCUUCCCAGCGUUUAUGGAUAAACCGACCGAUUUAGCGACCUCGUUCACCCGUGACACCAUAGACUGCAGAGCACCAAAACUUGAAGCAAGUAAGGCGAUAUCCUCAGCAGUAGCUUGUGAUAGUCACUGAAAACGUCAGUCUAUGGAGCAGUUGAGAAAAUCCUUGGAUAUUUAAAUGAAGAGGAAGAGGGUUCGAGCACCGGAACAUUUUGUUUACUGUCUUGAGUUUUUGGACUCGUGUAGGAGUCCAUCGUCAGAGAUAGUAGUAGCAGCAGAACAAGCGACAGUUAUAAAGCAUGUAGGCCAAUCAUCGACCGACGGCGCAAGAUUAGAAGUGACUACGCAGGGCUCUAUACGCCGGCGCCAGAUCGAUAAAUCGAUCAACUGAAUUCUCAUCCGGGGCCCAGGCCUCAAUCAGUUGUCGGCCUGUUUUGUUUACGGCGUGGGCGACUAUUUUGGUGGCCGCGAAGUUAAACUCGUGACCCACUUCGUAGGUGUGGGCGGCCACUUCUGAUAAUGUGUCGCCUCGUCGCACAGCCGGCUUAUGUUCGUGUAUGUGCGAUCCGAACAUGCGUCCAGUCUGACCUGUGUAGUUACAAGGACAGUUUUGACACGGGAUGUGAUACACCACUCUAGAUUGCUCUUCAGACUUUAACCGGUCUUUAGUUUUCAUGACCCUCUUACGCAUGGUGGCUUUGGGCGGUGUGCAAUUCCAACACCUAGCUCCGCAGCAAUGCGCACGGUCGCUUCUGAAAGGCCCUUAAUGUAUGGCAGAGAAUGCCAUAUCGUCGGUGUUGUUGUUGUCUGAGUCCUCCGAGGGCGACCGCGUAGGCAGCGACUUAUGAAUGCCCUCGGAUAGCCAUUUUGCACAAACUGCUCGUUGAGAUAACGGGCCUCACGUGCUCUGUCCUCCGGUUUGCUGCAAUGAGUUUGGAUCCGUUUGAAAAGCGUCUUAACAUAGCUUCGUUUGUGAGCCACGGGAUGAUUUCUGUGAAAACUGAGAAGCUGUGUGGUGUUCGUUGCCUUCCGCCAACUUUGAAACAUGCUGGCAAAAUCGGCCAUGGAUGACGGAAGCAAUAUUUUGCUGAAAUAACGACCUCCAUGGAACAGGCCUCGAACGUUGGUGACACUCGAAAACUCUACCAACUUAUCCUCCAAGUUGGUGGCAAGCCCUUACACUGAGUGACUCUGUUCGUUACGUGAAUGGUGACUUUAUUGCUGGCAACUCGGCCAAAUUAGAGCUCUGGCCGAGUACCAUCUCAACUUCGAUACCCAACCCACCACGCCCUUGCUCCCCUUUGCAGCUGCGUUUCUUCCCUCUCCAACCCAUUUAGUACCAUGCGACACCCCUUCUGGGGGAGAGGAAGAGGUGGCGGAUGCCAUAUGAAAGCUACGCAACAAAAAGUCACCGGAGAAGGUGGUAUAUCUGCUGAAAUCUACAAGUCUUGUGUUGACACUAGCGCCUUGGCUCAUGAAGUGCUUGAGCAAGCAUGGAGAGACGAGGUUGUUCCUGAUGAGUGGGGCUCAGGCAUCCUUUUACCUUUCCUCAAGAAUGGACAUAAGACAAGAUGCAAGAACUUCCGCGGCAUAAACCUUAUCGACUCCGCGAAGAUUUUCACUAUUGUCCUACUCAGGCGAUUCCAGGCUGUGCGUGACUAGGACGAGGCCUAACCAAGCCGGCUUUCGUGCUGGACGUGGAUGCGCAGACCAGGUAUUCACACUAAGGCACGUUUCCGAAUUUUGCCAUGCCUACCAACAACGGACAACCGUCUGCUUUUUUGACUUUGCCACCGCGUUCGAUUCCGUCCAUCGUGACUCCCUAUGGCGGACAAUAACUCUAUAUGGUGUACCGCCAAAAAUCAUCACCAUUGCCAAGGCCUAUUAUCGCCCCACCACCGAGCGUGUCCUAGUCCGCAACAAUCAUCCCAACUGUUUGGUAUUCGGUCUGACGUUCGACAGGGUUGUAUACUGUCGUCCAUCCUCUUUAACUACGCUAUUGACAGGAUUCUCGGGGGGCCCUAUACGAAGGUGACGAUGUUGAAUUUUCACUCGACUGACUGAUCCCGACAAUGCCGAUGAUGUUGCCAUACUUGCUUCAAGUUUUGGUGAUCUGCAGUCCAUGGUGUCAGGGGUGAACGAGGUCGCUAAGUCGGUCGGUUUAUCCAUAAACACUUGGAAGACUAAAGUGUUUUUCGGCUGUAUCCCUGACCAGGAGAAGGCAUCUCUCGGGAUUGAUGGCUGUCAACUUGAAGAAGUAGACAGUUUUGACUACCUCGGGGUGAGACUGCUGCCGAAUGGCCAGAGUAAGGAUAACAGUGUUUCCCGAAUUGAUGCUGCUCUCGGGGUUUUCUCAAGCCUUCGAAAAUGCCCAUUGAUCCGAUGCGACAUCUUCAUCGCCACUAAGAUUCGCGUGUACCAUGCAUCUGUUCGUUAUGUCCUUCUCUGUGGUUGUGAAUGUUGGGUUUUGCGCUUGGAGAUCGAGCGAAAACUGGAGGUAUUUUACCACCACUGCUUGAGGAACAUCCUUCGAGUGAAGUGCACCGAUAUCGUCUCAAAUGAGACAGUCCUCGCUUGCUGCGAUAACAUCGCAAGAAUAACGCUGACCAUCCAGAAAAGACGAUUGAGGUGGUUCGGGCAUGUUCUUCGUCGUCCACCUCACGAGCUCAGUGCUACUGCCCUCGAUCCGGCACCGUUACCCCAUUGGAGGCGUCGAAGAGGGGGUCAAUUCAAAACCUGGCUCGACACAGUUCGUCAAGACUUGGCGGUGGUUCUUGGACCUUUGGUAUUCGGUCUCCAUCGUUGGCUGAGAGAAUGGGUUUAACUUUUAACUGUCCAGAUCUGCUGCCGCGGAUCGUCACACGUGGAGAGGUAAAGUUCGUGAUACCAUCGAGGCCGGCUAGAUCAGGCAUGACCUCAGCCGUACUAAGUACAAGUAAGUAAUAGGUAUUUAAUAUAUACUCGUCUUUUCACAACCAGAUGUCUAAUUACUUCCAGCUUAGCAAAUGCUGACCUAAUGUAUAUAAAUUGAAGCAUGAAAUAUGUCAUGUAGUAUAUAUAGGCUGGAUGAAGACGGGGAAUUCCCAGUUAAAUGUGGAUACCCUGACGCUGACAGAAAAUGGGUACCUUCCAUUAGUAUCAUUGUAAUCCAGUUUAGCCAAGCACUUCACACAAACAGUGCACUAGUGUUUCUGAUACUAGCAAUGUGUGCGACAUCAUAGACUUCCUACCGCUCGUAAAAAACUCCAGUAGUUCCAGUUUAGUGCCAAGUACAGCCCAAUCUGAAGGUGGACAUCGCUGCCCGACAGUGGCAAAUUGACCAGAUAUUGCCAUCUGGGUUUAUGGCUUAUUCAUAAACGCUCUUGAUAAUGCCUUCUGGAGUCUGAGUUUGACCUCUGAGACCCUUUGACUUGGUGGGAAGUAUGCCUGGCUGAUAACGACCGGUAAGCCAUUCCGAGGUCUCUUGUUUUGUCGGCAACUCUGUUACAUAUUGAUUGAACUAUAAGUUGUCUAUAGUUGCUCUAUAUUUACACAGCCUGUUUGUUUCUGACAUGAAAUCCCCAAAUAGGUACAGGUCCACUGUUCCGUCUAGAACGCGUGUUUAGGCUUGUUACUGGAUUGGCAUGCAGGGGUUCGAAGUGCUUGACGGUCCCAAUUUCUGAGAAAUAAGCCCGACUUGGAAAUCAGGAAACGAGAUCGUUCCGCGCUCUGGCUCCGCUUUAGCUUUAAAAGUAUUCGUUUCUGUUAACCCUAUGCAAUCAAAACGGCGUUUACGGUUUGUUGCUAAGCCAAGAAGAGGACUCCGGCUUAUUCACAGGCGUUUUCAGAAUCUCUUCGAGAGACUUCUUCAUUUUAUAUGCAGAACAUUAGUCGGUGUCAGCUGUCUGACAGACCGUAGGAAUGCGAAACGCUCAGUCAGAAGACGGGUAUCCUGGAACGGAGUUGAACAGGGGGUACCUUAAACUAGCCACCAUCUGAGUUACUAGGGUUUGCCUGCCGGCGCUGUGAGCAUUUUGUAUUCGUUUAUCUCUGACAAUGAUCCGAUCCGCCACCUAUCCUUGAAAAGGGUGACGCAUCAAACAAUUGGCUUUUCUAUUUGCCAGCCACAGAAAGCGUUUCAGAAGACUUGACCUAUCCAGGCUUCAGCGGAGCCAGUUACGCAUGAACCGUGCAAUAGCUUAAAUAAAGGUGGAUGAUUAUAUUGACCCCGACUCAUUUUCCCCAUGCCACGUUAUUACAGCGGACAUGCUCGCAAGUUUUAAAACCGUGCUUCUACCUUCGAUCUCGAGAGGUGCCACUAACAGUUUGUUAACAGCCUGUGAAUUGGAUUGCAUAAUGAAGUAGGACUAACCGCUACCUGCUUGCUAUCUAAAAAAGGUCUCGAAUCCAUAUGAAGUUCGAGUUGAUAGAACAGAAACUAUGCCCAUGUCGAACCUGAACAUGCUCCUUCUAAGUUUCCGUUCCAAGUUGGCGUGUGCCCCUUGCUAACGUUAACUUUAUGGUCUGGUUCGUGUGCGUGUUGGAUCCCACAAGCGUACGACAUACGCAGAAGCACAUUAAGCCACUCUGCCCCCACUCAUUUCUGAUUGGCCUUGCCAAUGGAGGCGUGGGAGGCGAGUGACAUAGUGGUCCUCGGCUCUCACGAUGGACGAACUUUUGGGUUGCCCAUAGGGGACGGCGCAUAUCACCUCAUAACAGAACCCCUUCCCUACUGAAUUUGUGUAUUUUUUCAAACUCUCUUCUUUGCUCCCAAUUAAGGCAGUGUUGUCAGAAUCUAGAAAAGUGUGUCUUUAAGAAUUGGCAGCAUUUUUUGUCCGCGGCUUUAGUCGUUAAUUCCUGCCCAACAAAGUCUCAGCUAUGCACUCUUUUGCUGGGUAUGGGUUCCAUACCCGCACACACACUUCCUUGCUGAAAUAUACUUAACCAUCAAGACAUUUUCAGAUUUCUGAGUAAUACUUCCUUUUGCUCGCCGCGUAACUUGGCUUUAAAUUUAUGCUUAUUGGUGCACUUUACACCGACUCCUGUUUCAGAUGUCUUCUCAACUUGACUGGGCUGCCUUGCAACCAGAGGGGAUAAUGGACACUUUAGAUGGGCCCUCUGAACGCAUUGUACGUGCCACUUGUAUCAAUAUUUUUCAGGUUUUACUCCUUGACAGACGUGGAGAGCAUCUACGGAACGAUGAAACCUGGAAAGACCUGACGGAACAAGUGAAGGAAUUCGUAACGCUAAAGCAGGAAUUUAAUUCCAAAAAUGAAUUUUAUUUUUGCGAACUAGCUGGAAAAAUCGGCUUCCAUCCUGUAAGAGCAACUUACGGAUGUCCUCUCAGUACUACCUCUAUUUUUAAACACUCCAGUUAAUGUUAACGAAAUAAGAUGCCUCUUUGCAAAGUACUAAUUCAUGCCUGCAAGUUUUGAAGUUGAACCAACACCGUCGACAGACAAGUUGAGAAUACAGUAGGUGGGCUAACUCAUGAAAUGUCAACCGAAAUUCCGAAAUGCGUUUUCGUUUCGGAAAGAUUAAGUAAGUAGGGUUGUAAAACUAAUCAUCGUGCAACAUAAUUCCGUAGUAAUUCGGUUACCUCAGGAUGCCAGCUUUCGAACAAACUUUUUUUCCGGCUGCGUGGAAAAACUAUACCCCGUAAAAAUGACUACUCAGUUAGCAAGCAUUUUUCUCAUUAAUUUUAGAUGUCCUUAAGAAUUCAACUAUACUUCAUGAAAAACAUGCAUAAAAAUAUUCAUUCUUUCGCUUACUCGGUAGGAAAUUACGUCUUCUUCCAACUUAAUAUUCAAAGGAAGGGUAUAAUUCGGUUUACCAAAACUUUUCCAAUUCCCGAAUAAUUUUGAAGCUUGACCUGCCGUUGCACUUGCAUUCAGGGUUUCCAAACUACAAGCCAUAUACUUUCCGCGUACGGGAAACCAUACAUUUCUCUAGGGUAUUAUGAGGAGGCCAUAUUGAGUUCAUAACAUUUAACAGCGGACUUGACCCAUUUUGUUAGCUUUAAAAGCCACAUCGGUAAAUGCAGAGAAAUAACGUUUUAUGAACGUCCAUCUCACGGUACUUAAAAGUCUCACAAUUAGAGACUUUUUCUAAGCCCGAAUUAUACCGUUCUUUCGAGUAUAAAAUUGAAAUAAGGCGUAAUUUCUACCGACUAAGCAAAAGAAUGAAUAUUUUCGUCAUGUUUUCCAUGAAAUAUAAUUGAAUAUUAAAGGCCAUCGAAAAUCAAUGGGGAGAAUGCAUGCCAUUUAAGUAGCCAUUUUUGCAGAGUAUCCUUUUUUCAUGCAGCCGGAAUGAAGUUCGUUCGAAAGCCAGCAUCCUGAGAAAGGUCUCAGAUCUGACCUCCGACCCAGGAGAUCCAAAGCAAAGCGGAGUCGUCUGUAUCCUCAUGUGCGGUCAUUGUAGACCGAUGGAAAUCACCGCCAUGUGACUAAAUACUGCUGACCUCAACCGACCCCAGGCAUGGGCUCGCGACCAAAGUGGCAGAUCGUUCGAUUCAAAGUGUCUGAUAGCUAUCUUGGCUUUCCUUGCUGAGUUCAAUAUUGCUGACCUAGAUCAGAUGUCACCGCCUAUCUGAGAUCGGCUCAAAGCAUGAUCUGACACAACCCCCUCAAGAUGUAUCUCCAAGUUCUUCGUCAUUAGAAGAGAAUCAGGUAUUAUAUACACUUGCGUAGGCUGGACAAUGCUAUAAUAAACGAAUUAACGUGCAAGUCACCGUCCCUGCUCUCACUCUUCUGUGGAGCACAACACGGUGGGCAUCGUCGUAGAUGACAGUUCACCUGUCAUCAAGUAAACCAAAACUGGUCAUUCCAGUCUCGUUUUCCUCCGUAUCCCUUCUCGGUUACUUUACAAGGACCCUAGACUGAAACUCCAAUGCAAAGUAAAAUUGUUCGUAUUCUUUCAUGCAAUCAGUAUAGGUCGGUAAACAUUAUAUGCGGUUGCGGAUCUCCCUGAUGCACAAAACGCCCCCCCCCCCUGGUAACCGUUUCUUCCCGUUCUUUGCAGCUUCAAGACGACUUAUGGAUGCAAGCGGAUAGCAGCGUGCUAGAUAAGUUUUUCAAGACUGUGAAGGCUGUCAACGCAGCUGAGGAGUACACCGACCUGUCUGAACUCUUUGGCCCCAUCGAAAGCAUUGCCGUUUCGGGUCCACCAGACAAGAUCCUGCGCUUGAUUGUCAUCUACACCAGCCUCUCCUCCGUGCCAGUAGUUCCUCAGCAGCUUUUAAUGAGUCUGGCGGAGGGGCACAAGGCCUUCAUUGAUGUCGUCUACUACGUCCCCCUAGGGCGUGUCAAUUGGAAACCCGCGGUAUGCUUACAUUUCACCCUUCCAAAAGAGUCCACAUUGGCCAGCAUCCGCUUGCCCUAGCUUGCCCACAGAACACUUUAUAUGUCUCUAGGGGUCACAGGAUGACUUCUCUCUGCAUGCAGACUUCCACGACGUCGAAUGCCCCCUGUGUCGGGCGGUCAUAAUUGCCUCUCCCUCUCUUCGGUAUCGUUCAUCUCCUUGAAUUCCUUUGUCUUCACUUCGCGUAGCACAGUCCGGACCGGCGCGACAAUGAAUAGGAUGUUUCAGAGCGAGUUGGGCAGUACUCGCUGAUGACACUACACGCUUUCGACCAAAGUACAUAUGCAAUUCAGCAUUCUGGGUUGACGCCAGUUUUCUUCAGCACAUCGAAUUUGAUUUAACUCUUAUGCUGUUGUUUGGCAGGAAAUUGCACCUCUGUGCCAUUGACCCUAGGCGAUCCCAACCAAAACCCACAGAUCAUACUCUUCUGGUAGCCCAAAAACCAAAUUUAGCGACUCGACAUGAGGACGGUUUUGGAAUCUGAGGAGGGAUGUCCCCGCCUUGCCCACCACCUUUUGGCGAUUGUGCCCAAUGGUAGUGGGUGAGGCCCCAGUGGGUGGCAGGCAGUACUGCUAUGGAUUUUGACCCCGUGUAGGUAACGGAUCUGCCAGGUAGGCGCGCGGUCAAACCUCUUGCUCGUAUGGUCCGUACCUGUUUAUUCACCUUAUCCUCGAAGCUGCCUACAUCACUGCUGGCCUCGCCUGAGGGUCACCACCACCAUUGGGUCACCAGGCGUCGUUUUCCGUGGUUCUCGUCAUCCAGGGCAUUGGGUCCGUCAAAAUUACAUGUUUUCCUAAUGGUAGGGGACGAUCACCGAUCGUUCUUACGGAACUCACUCGUUCUGUUGUGCCUUACGGGCUCUCUCUCUCUCUCGAUCCCAACCAGCAGCCGCACAGUGGCGCGUGAUAUAGGCAGUAUCUUAUUACCGACAAAGACAAGGGAGACUGGAAUGGCCAUUUCUGGCUUAUUAGCCGUCGUCAGCCGGCCAUACCCAAGCCCGAAGUGUGGAAAACUCGAGGCUCGGACUCGUGACCUGUUAGCUAGAAGUCCACGCCUCUAACCUCUGGGCCACGAGCCCGUUGCCCUGUCGGUUUUCGAUCAGGAAUAUACACUGAUAGGGGGCGCGCACCGAUCGUUAUUACGGAACUCACUCUUUCCGAUGUGUGUUUCGCCUUUUUUGACGGACAGAAGUGAGCGCAUGUCUGCGUUGCCCCUCUUCGCAGUGCUACCCCGAGGCUGAUGACCUGUGUUCUCCUUUUCAUAGCAGUCAGUUGCUCGGAGGAGUAAAGCUCUUACACUUGUGAACUCACACUUUUCAUUGCUCCUUCCAGGUUGCAGAGAUCGCAUCGACUUGGGCCGGCCAAUUGCAGGAAUUGGAUAGCCGCGAUAACCCAGAUAAAUGUUUCUUCGCCUUUGCACAGGGUGCAGACAACCUUUCUCGCGCACUAGCUGAAUUACUUGUGCAUCCAAAGCUUCGUAAUCUUCCUCGGGAAUUUCGAGCCUCUUCUUUCGUCGCUCAUCCCAUGAGGUCCAUUCCUUCCUACUAA